AUGGGGUUCCUGCGUACGGCUCUAGCCUCGUCCUUGUUGCUCGCGAGCCAUGCCUCGGCUCUGGACCCUAUCGUCAUGAAGGGCUCCAAGUUCUUCUACGAAAACGGUGACCAGUUUUUCAUGAAGGGUGUCGCCUAUCAGCAGGAGGCUGGCAGUACUGGCGGUACUGGCGCCAAGCGUAGCACCAGUGACGGCGGCAACUCCUACGUCGACCCCCUGGCCGACGAGAGCGUCUGCAAGCGUGAUGUGCCCCUGCUGGAGAAGCUGGGCAUCAACACCAUCCGGACCUACGCCAUCAACCCUGAUGCUGACCACUCCGCCUGCAUGAAGCUCCUCGCCGCCGCCGGUGUCUAUGUCAUCGCUGAUCUUGGUGAACCCGCCCUGUCCAUCAACCGAGACUCGCCUGCCUGGAACGUGGAGCUGUUCACUCGUUACAAGGCUGUUAUUGACAACCUUGGCGAGUACAACAACACCAUCGGAUUUUUCUCUGGAAACGAGGUGACCAACAGCGCCAACAACACUGAUGCCUCGGCCUAUGUCAAGGCUGCCACUCGAGACACCAAGAAGUACAUCGCCGACAAGGUAGCGAAGGGUGGCCGAUGGAUGGGUGUCGGAUAUGCCGCCAACGAUGACGCCGACAUCCGUAUUUCGAUGGCCCAGUUCUUCAACUGUGGCGAACAAGAAGCAGCUAUCGAUUUCUGGGGUUACAAUAUCUAUUCGUGGUGCGGGAAGAGCAGCUACACCGAGUCUGGCUACAACGUCCAGGUUGACUUCUUCUCCAACUUCUCCGUCCCCGUCUUCUUUGCCGAGUACGGUUGCAACACGAACGGAGGUGCCGAGGGCCGUCUUUGGGACGACACGACGGCGCUGUACUCGGACCAGAUGACGCCGGUAUUCAGCGGCGGCAUUGUCUACAUGUUCCACGAGGAAGAGAACGACUAUGGUCUGGUCAAGAUUAACGGCAAUACGGCCACCCCGAUGAAGAACUACGGCGUUCUGCAGACCAAGCUCGCCAGAGUCGCGCCCUCGUCCACUGCGAUGAGUGCAUACAAGCCGACCAACUCUGCUGCUGCGUGCCCGGCCAUCUCGGAGAACUGGAAGGUCGCGGAGGCACUGCCACCUACUCCCGACAGUGAUCUCUGUGACUGCAUGUCCAAAUCCAUGUCUUGCGUGCCAGCCGAUAAUCUCGAGGAGAAGGAUUACGGCGACAUUUUCGGUUACGUCUGUGACGCGGACGCGAACGCCUGCGCGGGCAUUAAGCAUGACUCGGAAGCCGGCGUCUACGGCCCAUACGUCAUGUGCAACCCCAAGGAGCAGCUGGCCAACGUGCUUCAUGCCUACUACGUCAACCAGAAACAGGCGUCUGAUGCCUGCGACUUCAACGGCGCUGCCAAGGUCGUUUCCAACCCGAGUGUGGACUCCACAUGUGAGGCCGCGCUGUCUAGUGCCAGCGCUGCGGUUUCAGUUGCUGCCACAGCCACCGCAGCUGCGAGCGGUUCCACGGCUUCCAGCACCGAGAAUGCCGCCCUGCCGGGCAACGCUCGCAUGAGCGCUUUCAUGACCAUGGGCGAUGUGGCCAUUGGCUUCUACAUGUUGGUAGCCAUGGCCGUUGGUGUUACUAUGGUUGUGCUGUAA